AUGAAGAGAACGAAAAAUGGAGAAAGAAAAAAAGAAAACUUUUUGAGAGAUGUUGGCAAAGUACUUGAAGAUUUUGUUGCAAUUUGGCUUCUAAUCAUAUGGAAGGUUUGCCAUAGUUGGUUGGAAAAUUUUGGGCAGUCCCUGAAGGCACUCAAAUGUGACGCAAACAAUGCCCAAUAG